CUUGCACCAACGCGGCCACAUUCAGCAUCCACCAGGGCAACAUCUCACAGGGCUUUCAUCAGACUUUCUCUCGGCCACUUGUGUCCGCUAGAUUUGGGUCCAUUCGGGAUUUUAUUUUUAAAAAGAAAGAAGAAACAAUGGCUUUGAGGGGACCUUUAUUCCGUCUUCUCAGAACUCAGCUGAGUCACACUUCCCAGCAAAGCAGAGCUCAGUCUGUGGCUGUGCUGGGAGCUCCGUUUUCAAGAGGACAGAAAAGGAGAGGCGUGGAGCACGGACCUAAAGUCAUCAGGGAUGCGGGGCUCAUCGAGAGGCUCUCCGGGUUGGACUACUCUGUCCACGACUUUGGCGACCUUAACUUCCACCACCUUGAGAAGGAUGAACCCUACAUGGAUGUGAAGUUCCCUCGCAAUGUGGGUGCAGCGAAUAAGAUGCUGUCUGGCGCAGUGAGCAGAGCUGUCGGUGCCGGGCACACCCUUGUCAUGCUGGGAGGUGAUCACAGCCUUGCUAUUGGAUCAGUGGGAGGGCAUGCCCAGCAGUGUCCUGACCUGUGUCUCAUCUGGGUUGAUGCUCAUGCAGAUGUAAAUACACCCAUGACUUCUCCAUCAGGAAACCUCCAUGGCCAGCCUGUGGCAUUCAUGCUCAAAGAGCUGCAAGACAAGAUGCCAGAUAUCCCUGGGUUCUCCUGGAUGAAGCCCUGCCUCUCCUCGAGCGACCUGGUGUACAUUGGCCUGCGGGAUGUUGACCCCGGAGAGCACCACAUCCUGAAGAACCUGGGUAUCCAGUACUUCACCAUGAGGGAUAUCGACAGACUAGGCAUCCAAAGGGUCAUGGAAGUCACUUUUGACCAUCUUCUGGCAAGAAAACAGCGACCGAUCCACUUGAGCUUUGACAUCGAUGCAUUCGACCCGUCUCUGGCUCCAGCCACGGGAACGCCAGUGAACGGAGGUUUGACCUACAGGGAGGGAAUCUACAUCACAGAGGAAAUCCAUAACACAGGUCUGCUGUCAGCGAUGGACCUGGUAGAAGUAAACCCCGUGCUGGGGGCCAACCAGGAAGCCGUGGAGGCCACAGCCUCUCUAGCGGUUGACGUGAUCGCGUCAUCACUGGGACAGACGAGAGAAGGCGCUCACCCGUCCAUCGAUGAGAUUCCUCCCGCGAAGGAGGACACAGAGCAGCUCCGCCUCUGAGAGCAUGAAGCAAAGCUAUGAACUUUAUCAACAUUGUCUCUGAGCAUUCCACAAAGACUGAAUCAAAUAGCUAACGUUUUGAAGUUCUUGUUCUCAUCUCUUUGCCAUUUAGUGUUGUUUAAUGACAAAAGCUAAAUUAUGUUUGGAUUUAUAAAACUAUUAAUGGGCUUUUAUGGAGUUAUAGAGUUCACAUUAAUAAUUCGGAGAUGAAAGCCCUCGACAUAAUUUAGAAACCACUACACUUAUUGAUGGGAAUACCAUUCAUUUAAACAGCAAUAAUAACUUAUGUUGCUCCUGUUUGUAGUAUGUGUUAGACGACACAGCUGCCACAUAUUUAUUGUGGGUUUGGUUUACAAGAGAAUGAACCUGCCUCAGAGGUAUGAUAAACCAAGUUUGACUUAGUUUGAAGUCCACAGUAUAACGUGGAUUCUCCAAACCGUUUUGUGGCUGUGCCAGUUACUAAAAAGUAGUAAUGAUGUGUUUGCACUUUGGACCAGCUGUGGUUACUGUAUUUUCUGUAGUUUUUUGUAUUUUCACAAUGAUCCAGUACAUGUAUUAGAAUUACUGUGUUAAUAAUAUUUACUGACAAUGUCAGUACCAAUUGGAUUGAAAAUGAAUAUCUGGCUUUGAUUCAAAUGCUAGCAAAAAUAUUUUGCUUGAACUGAUCUAACGCUUGGUCUAUGUUUGACCUGAUGAGGCCACUAAAUGACUAUUGUCCUUGUAACAAAGAGUUUAUAUUUUGGUCUUCCAUAAAUGUGAUUACAUUUUUUGCUCAUGUG